GAGCACCUGCUAGGAAGUUUCUUGACGUCCUGAUGCAGAUUCUGACAAGUGUGCUGUAUGAAAUUCACCCAAUCUGUGCUCGAGAAGUGGAGGAAGCUUCGAUGUUGGCUUUGGAAGUUCUGAACAAUGGGUAUCUUUCCUCGAAGUUAUACGCCUUGGAGUACUUCAAGAAAGUCUUCAGCAAUGCCGUGUCUGAACUCACUCCCACGCAGAAGACUUAUCAACUCCGUGUGUUGCUGGCCAUUGACAAUAUGCUGAAGAAAUUGCCUUUCUGGCUGAGUAUGGAGAAGAACAGAGAGAUUAUUGUACACAGAUUUAAAAAUACUGUCAUGGACAUCUUCGAAGUCUACAGGACGCUAAUCAGCGGUUCCCACAAAAAAGACUGCAAAAUGUUCCUCGUGGCUUUACUGCAGAUAAUAAGCACUUUCCAAUCUGUAAACGAGCGACUGAGUGAAAAAUGGAAAGACUGCGAUAAGAUGUUCAUCUAUGGAGAAGAGUUGAUUUCUCAUUCUUCUUUGGACCUUGAAGAAGAGCAGAUUAGAGAAAUCCUGGGUCUUAUGCUGAAGAACUAUCAAGUGAUAAAACUACUGGAAUUGACCGUAAUUAAGGAGGCCAAACAUGAAGUGGGAUUUUACGAUGUCUUCAAUGCGAGUCCAACUUGGAAAGAAAUCACACAAUUUUUAUCAACAAGGGCACACGAGCUUCCGGAUUAUCAGCUCUACUUUCGCGAGAUAAUGCGAAUAAGCGUAAAUGUCGCCCAGAAGAGUCAGAAGAAGUGCUUUGGAAGCACUAUCAACGCUAUGAUAGAUCUUUUCAAGCAAUUCACACUCACCGCAAAGUCUCCAGAUACCCGUCUCUUCAUUCUCAUUGCACAGGACUUUGUCUCCCUGCCGGAUUUCCGCGAAUCCGAUCAGGGCAGACAGCGUUUUGUCAUGGAAGUGAUUAUCUCACCACUAGCACUGUUCCUGAAGCGACAAUCGAGCAUUCUGCCUGCAGAUUUCGCAAAUUUAAUGCUGAAGAAGCAAUCAGUGUCGAACGACCAGAUGAAAAUGGAAUUUGUGAGUCUCAGAACGCUGUUUGGCAUUAGAGAGAAUGCAAUUUCCCACAAUCUCUUUGUGGAGGUGCGUGAAAUCCUGAAGACUGUUCUAUUGUCCUACCAAAAUCUCAGUUUUGACCUGCAUUUGUGUGUUAUCCCACUCAUUAACAAUGCCAUUCUGGGCAAACUGCUGAACUUGCAAGAGAUCCAUGAGAUUUUCAUUUCCAAAGUCUUGCAAGAGGAGAAAUACCACGUGUUCAUCGCACAGUGUCUCAAACAGCUCAUCUGCAUCCAGGCGGGACACAUUACGCUAGAGUGUAGCACUGUUAAACAUUGCAGCAACACUGGAGGACCAAUUGUGGAGUGUAAUCCAGAUUUCCUGGAUCCCUACUUAAAGCUCUUCGCAUCGAAGAACGACGAAGUGCUUUUUAACAUGAUUGAAUGCUUGGAGUCACUGGCCAUUCACUUCCCAAAGAAAUCACUCGAUAUCGCUUUGUGGACGCCUCUUCUGGAGCACGAGCAUUACAGCAUUCGGGAGAAAUUUGCAUACGCGCUGCCGCAACUUGUGGAGAAUGUCUACACACAUGUGGACAAUGAGAACAGGCGAGAAGAAAUGAUGCGAGCGUACCAACAGAUCUUAUUGGGAGUGAUCCAGAAGACCGUCUGGAAGAAGAAGACCAAGUACAAAGACAACCAUGCAACUCUUUUGCUGUUGGACAAGUUCACAGAAGUUCAGCGAUAUCCGGAGCAGACAUUUUUGCACUUCUUCAAGAUGAUCUUCAUAUUUAUCAUCAACACGGACUCUCAGGUGACUUGCGAUGCGGCGAUUCUGGGGCGUGAUAUGUGCAUCAGGAGAGGAAUAGCACCCAGAGACAUGCUGAACUGGUACAGAGAGGAUGUACUGAAGAUAACAGUGAGGCUGAGCGUGGAAGUCUUCAAGAGGAAAAACGUUGAAAUGCGCCAUGCUCUAAAUCAGGUGUCGACAAUGAUGGGAUAUUUGAGUACGAAAGAUUUCAUUCGGCAACACUUCAAAUUGAUCAUUGCAAUGCUGCUUCCGUAUUGCAUUCGGAAUAUGAAGUGCGAGAAACUCUUAGAAGAUGUGUGUAAGCAGAUGAAGAUGGAGCUCAAUGAGAUGCUAACUGUGGCUUUCGUGACAAUCUACACAUAUUUGUACCACACUCAAUCGACAGAGGUCAACAACAAGUGCAUAGAUUUUGUGAUUCAGCACACGGGUCAGUCACUUUAUCAUCUAAUGCACACGGACAUCAAGAGUACAAUCCCAGAAGUGCUGGUGUACUAUCACAAGAAUCCCAAUUUCGUUAUGCACGCCUUCAAGAGUCUACUGUCGAAGAACGAGGUGACGCUGAGCGGCAUGGCUGAUUACAUCUCUACGCGAUUCCUCGGCGUUCUGGUGACUUUUGAGAGUAUAAUCGUGAGUCCGGAGACAGAGAAGGCGCUGAAGAAGGAGACGUUGCAAAGUCUGGGCGAUAUUGUGAGAUUUAUGGGAUCAGAACACGUCACGCCGUACAGAUUCAAGAUCCUGACACUCUUGAAAACCGCCCUGAUGAUCGAGGAUGACGGCGUGAAGACGAUUACAGCAAGUGUGUGGACGAUAUUUCUGCGAACUGUGGAUGUUCAGUGUCUUGGACCACUCCUGAGCACGAUCAUUGUCUCUCUUGAGCCCCUGCUCGAGCAUCAGCAACAGCAGGUGGGCGAGAUCUUCAGGUAUCUCAUUAUAGAGAAUCGGAGUCUCUUGAGUGCUCAUUUUGGGGAGCUCUUCUUCAUUGAGGACACUUGCCUGGAGGACACUGUGAAGGCCGUCGUUAGCUCUCAGAGGCGCACGUUAAAGCAGAGCUUCGCUGAGGAGUUUGAUAUGUUCCGAAAACACGUCAACCAUGAGAAUUUGGAAGUGAGAACGCAUGGAUUCAAUCAUCUCUCAGAGUUGUUUGCUGAGAAUCGCACAGACUUGAAUAGGAUGGUAUUCGAUCAGCUGGGCAUUGAUUCCAUCCUCGUGGGCUGCAUUGACACGAUGAUGCAGGGAUGUCGACACAUCGAUGAGAAUCUCCAGCUGGCUUCUGGCGUGUGCUUGGGAGAAAUGGGAGCUCUCGAGCCGAGUCACUUGCCGCCAAAUUAUGCACCGCAGAAGCAGCUGGCACUUAGCGUUCACUCGGAUGAGUUUGCCAUCAUGGCUCUGGCAGAAUUGUGCAGAGCUUAUCAGUUCCAGAAGGAUUCACACCACGUGGACAGUUUUUCACUGGCUAUUCAGGAGAUUCUGCAGGCGCGCGGAGUUUGUCCGAAGCAGAGCAAGAAGCUGGCCGUGUGGCAAGCCAUUCCUGAGCGCAUGCGACAACUUAUGGAGCCUUUACUCACAUCGUGCUACAAAGGGACUAUUGUGAACAACAGCGCUGAGAUUCAUCCGGUGUUCGGCAGUUCAAAGUGUCAUAGUCUCAAACACUGGAUCUUCAUCUGGGCAUCGAAUAUGGUGUUUGGCAUUGAGGAUAAAUUCACAAAACAUCUUCUCAACUCCUUCCUGCCCAGCAUCAAACAUGAUAUGCAGACAAUGGCUAUGUUUCUGCCGUAUAUAAUUCUGCAAGGCCUGCUGCACUCCACUGAGGAGAAUCGCGGUAAGAUUGCCGAGGAGUUUAAGAAGGUCUUUGCCGCUGCAGCAAUGAUUGGGGACACUGACGACAUAUCGCAGAUUGAUUCGCACUGUCGAGGAGUCCGAUCGCUCGGAUUUGUGGCCACACACACAACUGUUACGCGCGAAUCGAAGGACGAAUUGGUGAUCAAGUGUGCAAAGAUGGCGUCCAAUCAACUGGACUUCCUGGAAACGUGGCUGCAGCAGAGCUCAAACACUCGCGAGAGCACAGUGAAGCAGUCCGAAAUGACGCUCGUGCGAGAAUUCAUUGAUCAGUUCGAUGGCAAACUUCUGGCACUGGCAAACUUCAAGUCAGGCGAAAAUGCACGCUCUCUGCAAUUCCUGGAGCAAUACAUCUCGCAGAAUCCCACCAAAUUGCAAGAGGAGCUGCCGCUGCUCAUGAAGAUCUAUGCUGAAUUGAUGGAUCCGGAUAAUGUGGAGGGGGCGAUUGGGUUGAUGAGGACGAAAUUGCCUCUGCCAGAGCAAAUCGCCAUGAACACAGUGACGGGAAGAGUGUCUGAGUCGUCUGUGUGCUUUGAGAAGCUGAUCCAAAUGGGCGAGAUCACACCAUCGCUGAUGAACAGCCUUGUACAAUAUUAUGUGGCGCUGGAUCAUCCAGAAACUGCUCUGCUCGUGUCUGAGAGUCUGCUGAAUAAGUUCCAGGACUUCAAUGUGGACAAGCUGACCCUGGAAUUGAGGGCAGAACCUCUGUGGCAAAUGGGAAGAUUUGAAGAGCUGGAUGACAUGAUCACCAGGACGGAAGUGGACGAGAGCGAUGGAUGGGGAAUUCGCUGUGGCGCUCUUUUGCUGGCAUAUCGCCAGGAUAAUGAGGAUUCUUUCACGUCUGAACUGAGGAAAGCAAGAUUGAGCAUCAUGAAGUCGCUAAAGUGUGCAGAGAUUGAGCAGAAUGCUUAUCAGAAGAGCUACUCUGAUGUCCAGAAGCUGCACAUGAUCACAGAGAUUGAGAAGGCGUUCACGAUAAUGAAGAAGUUGUCUGGGAAUGUGUCUGAGGAGCAGGGAAAACAUCUCAUGGAGGUGUUCUUCAAGGAUUGGGACGCUAGAAUCCAGCUUCUGCGGCCGUCGACGAGGAUUGUGGAGCCUGUCUUGCGACUGAGAAGGAUUCUCCUCACCCAGGGAAGAGAGGUCUUCAUGCAGAAUUCUAAUCGACCACUGAUCAAGAGCCUGGUCACCAGUACAAUUGACAAUGAGAUGGCAAAACUGUGGCACAAGAGCGCAGAACUGGCGCGCAAAGAAGGACUUUACCAGCAGGCGCAGCUCUAUCUCCUGAAUCUGGAGGAGUAUCGCAGGAAAGAUUCCUUUCUGGAGCGUGCAAAGCUUCUCUGGUCGCAAGGAGAUCAACCAAAUACUUUCCAGCUACUCGAGCAGGGACUCAAGAAUUUCCUAGAGGACGAAGGCGCCAGAAGUUUUAAGAAUCUUUCGCGCCAGGCGAAGAUAAUCUAUGCCGAGGGAAAGUUCCUAAUUGCCGACUACAAUGCAGAAUCCAUGAACAUUGAGACUGAGCUGAAUAUCGGUUACUUCCGUGAAGCUGUUGAGGCAUUUCCGGAGAGUGAGAAGACCCUGGUGCACUAUGCGCAGUUUCUGGACAAGAUCUUCAACUCGCUGCCAGAGGAGCAGCAAAUCGCCAUGAAGGGAACGGAUUUACUUAGGAACAUUAUGACAUUGUAUGGAAAAUCCCUGCAGUUCGGCUGCAAUUAUCUCUUCCAAUCCAUGCCACGAUUGCUCAGUAUCUGGUUGGAUUAUACAGCACUGCCGGUGGGAUGCGACAAGCGGGUGAGUAAGCAAUUGACAGAGCUUGCGCUGAAAUUCUCCGACACCCUGCCAUCGUACAUGUUCUUCACUGCCUUUUCUCAACUCGUGAGUCGCAUAUGCCAUCCGUCGACGGAUGUGUAUCAAGUGCUGCGCACGAUCCUCAUCAAGCUCAUCCAUGAUUAUCCACAGCAGUCGCUGUGGAUGAUCCUCAGCGUCCUGAAGAGUUCCUACCCGAGUCGCAGCAGGAGAUGCAUUGAGCUGCUGAACGAUCAGAGGCUCAGGGAGCAGCCAAUGCAGCGUCUGAUAUGCGACUUCAACAAAUUGGCUGAGAAGUUGAUUGAGCUGACCAACAAAGCCAUUCCCAGUCACAUGAAGGAUCCCAAAGUGUCCAAUUUAGUGCCUCAACUGGCACAAAUGUUCAAUGAACCCAACUUCUCCAGAAUUGUCAUCCCGGCACAGAAGUUUAUGCAGCCCGAACUGCCCAGUACGAGUGAGAGAGACGCCGCCUCGGCUAAUCACAACGCCUUCCCGCGAAGGAUGUACUACAUCCAGAGCAUGAGGAACAGCAUGGUCGUCCUGAGAUCGAUGCAGAAGCCACGGAAGGUUGUUUUGCUGGCAGAUGAUGGGCUGGAGUACAGCGUGCUGAUGAAGCCGAAAGACGAUCUCCGGAAGGACUUCCGUCUGAUGGAAUUCAAUGCCGUGGUGAAACAGUAUCUGAAGCAAGAUCCGGAGGCGCGGCAGCGUCGGCUGGGCAUUCGCACGUACGCCGUGCUGCCGCUGAAUGAGGAGUGCGGCAUCAUCGAGUGGGUGUCCAAUCUCACGACCCUGCGAAGCAUUCUGUUGGACAUCUACAAAUGUAAGAACUUGACCACUGACCAGUCGGACCUCAAGAGGAUCGAAGCGAAGAAGGAUCGCGAGACAAAAUCCGGGAAGACAGACAUCUUCGUCAAUAUUCUCUGCAAGCGACAUCCGCCCGUGUUCGCCGAGUGGUUCAAGAGCACCUUCACCACUCCCUUCAACUGGUAUCAGGCGCGUAGCUCCUUCAUCCGCACCACCGCCGUGAUGUCUAUCGUCGGCUACAUCCUGGGCCUGGGCGACCGCCACGGCGAGAACAUCCUUUUGGACCACACGAACGGCGACACGGUGCACGUGGACUUCAACUGUCUGUUCAACAAGGGAGAGUCACUGGGCGUGCCAGAAGUCGUGCCCUUCCGCCUAACGCACAACAUGGUGCAUGCCAUGGGACCUUUGGGCACAGAGGGGCUCUUCAGGAAGUGCUGCGAAGUGACGCUGCGCGUGCUGCAGAUGCAGACUUCGACACUGAUGUCCGUACUGCGACCGUUUGUCUACGAUCCUCUCGUGUCGUGGAACAAGAACAGCAAGGACAGAUCGGAUGGCACGCGCGAGCGGACAGAUCCUCAGGCCCUCACCAAUCUCAACCACAUUGAGGAGCGUCUCAAGGGAUUCGUGAAAAUCAACGGGCGGCUCGCCAAGAUGCCUCUGUCGACGGAGGGUCAGGUGAACUUUGUGAUAAAAGAGGCCACGAAUGUGGACAAUCUGGGCGCAAUGUACAUCGGUUGGGGCGCCUACUUGUAAAGCUGCCAUUCCAA